CUUCAACAGAUAGCGUAAAAUACAAAGCGACAGGAACAUAUUUCGGCGCCCGUUUAAACUCCGGUAAACUGGAGAGAGCUGUGAAUUAACAGCAAAAAUAGCAAGUGGUUUUAUUCUUACUGGCAAAUUUUCCUCCUCCGUGAUGGAGUACGGAAAGGAGAGAGUGGUGGCGUUAGUAGACAUGGACUGCUUUUACGUCCAGGUGGAGCAGAGGCUCAAUCCAGCUCUGAAGAGCCUUCCCUGUGUGGUGGCCCAGUACAAGACGUGGAAAGGAGGCGGUAUCAUAGCUGUGAGCUAUGAAGCCAGGGCCCAUGGUGUCACCAAGAACAUGUGGGUGGAUGAUGCAAAGAAACUGUGCCCUGAUCUCCAGGUGGCACGGGUUCGUGAGUCUCGUGGCAAGGCAGACCUGACACAUUACAGGGAGGCGAGUGUAGAGGUGAUUGAGGUUAUGUCUCGCUUUGCUGUGAUUGAGAGAGCCAGCAUUGAUGAAGCCUACAUGGAUCUGACUGCUUCAGUCCAGCAGCGUCUGAAGGACAUGAAUGACAAACAAAUUGAGGCUUACCUGCUCAGAAUGACCCACAUUCAGGGAUACCCACAGAGUUCACCUGAACAGGAAGCAUUUGCAGAGGAUGCUGUCUUAGAUAAAGAGGAGCAAAGGUCCAGAGGUCUCCAGCAGUGGUUGGCAUCCCUCCCUGUCCCUCUAUUAGGGGAGCAGAACUCUGCAGAACUGCAGCUAACUGUUGGGGCACUUAUUGUCGAGGAAAUGAGGGCAGCUGUGGAGAAGGACACAGGUUUCCGCUGUUCAGCAGGGGUAUCGCACAAUAAGGUAUUGGCUAAACUAGCCUGUGGUCUGAACAAACCCAACCGACAAACUGUACUGCCUUUGGACUCUGUGACAGAACUUUUCAACUCUCUACCCAUUAGCAAGAUCCGUAAUCUGGGGGGUAAGCUUGGUGCCUCCAUUACAGAAACUCUGGAAAUAGAGAACAUGGGAGAUCUGACUCGCUUCUCUCAGGCUCAACUGGCACAGCACUUUGGAGAUAAGACAGGCCAGUGGCUGUAUGACUUGUGUCGGGGAAUUGAGUUUGAAGCAGUAAAACCCAGACAGCUUCCAAAGUCUAUAGGCUGCAGUAAAAACUUCCCUGGGAAAACAUCGCUGGCUACGAAAGAGCAGGUUCAGUAUUGGCUUCAGCAGCUGGCCCUUGAGCUGGAAGAGAGGCUUACCAAGGACAGAGAAGUGAAUGGUCGAGUGGCUAAGCUGUUGACGGUUGGUGUACGCCAGCUCGGGGACAAGAGGCCAAGUAGCUUUUCUCGUUGUUGUGCUUUAGUACGCUACGAAGCGCCCAAACUGGCCAGUGACAGCUUUGCCAUCAUCAAGAGUCUCAACACAGCAGGAAACCACCAGGCAGCGUGGACUCCUCCCCUCACCCUGCUACACCUCUCAGCUAGCAAAUUCAGCGAUGCUCCAUCAACAGGGGGUAUUGCUGGCUUUCUUUCCAGCGAUGUCACUUCAACCCAGAGUCUUUUCUCCACCACACAGCCCUCCACCCAGCCAGCCUCUGAAAUGAAAAAUGACUCCACAUGCAAACAACCGAGCACCAUCCAGUCCUUCUUUCAAAAGUCAGCUGAGAGACAAAGACAGAAGGUUCUGAAAGAUGUAGACAAGGAGGACGAGAGUAAAAGCUCCACAGGGAUUCUGCCAUCCUCUUGUAAAACCUCUGCUACUGAUAGUGAGUUAGAGGCAGAUGCCAAUAAUCCUGCUUCUUCAGUUGCACUUUUUUCUCAAACUAAAAACGCUUCAGCCAGCUCCCAUUCUGGCAUUUCCUCUUUCUUCCACAAGAAGAGUCUUGAAAGAAGCUCACCGGUCUCAACGUCAACACUAAACAAGCCUGAAACAGGAGAUAAGCAAGGACAUGACAGUAAAGACGACUCAGAAGACGCUGUUGGUGCUGCAUCAGGGCUACAGGCCAAAGAACGCUCAUCUCAGGAGUCACAAUGUGAAGAGUUAAGGAAUGAUUUGGGUAUUGAGUCAGGGGUAAAUCACCAUCCUUCCAGCGUGGCAAAAGAAGACCUGUUAAACUGUGAACGCUGUGGCCAGGAGGUGCUGGUCUGGGAAAUGCCUGAACACAAUGACUAUCACUUUGCCCUGGACCUCCAGAAUUCAUUCUCUUCAUCCACAGGUUCAGCAACCAUCUCCUCCUCUUCCCCCACUGUUUCUUCUUCUUCUAAUGCCUUUCCAACUCCUCUCAGAGCCCAGUCCUCACGUGGCAAGACAAAAACCAGAGGCCAGGCAGGACCACAACCAAAAAGGCAUCGCUCCCAAGGUGGGAGUACGGGCACACUGGAUUCUUUUUUCAAGAGGAACUGAAGACAUCCUGUAGAACUGCUUUUUGUAAAACUUUUUUUUAACUUCUGAUAAUGCUUAUAUUAAUAUAUCUCAAACAAAGCCAUAACAUGAUCAAUGAUAUUGUCCUACAUAUUAUAUAAAUGCAUACAAAUUAGAGGUUAAUUCAAUUAAAGAUACUUUUUUAGAUUUUGUAGUAGUGUACAUGGUGUUGUAGUGUUUUGAUGCACCAGCAGGUGUCACUAAUCAUCUGUAUAUAAAGCAGGAAUUCUCACUUGAGUGUCAAUUUCAAGUUUUCUGAGCUCAAGAGAUAGACAAGAAAAUAGUAUAUAUUUGAAAUAAAUGAUUGCUGGUAGGAUGAGAGCAAUUAUGAGAGUCAUUCUGUUUUGUUUACACUUUUCUACCAUGGUGAACCUCUUGUUCUGUAGUGCAUGAGUGGUGAAAGACAACUGAAUGAGGAAUUUACUCUUGCAUUGUCUUGCAUCAGCCGGGGAGCGGAUUGGGAGGAACGGUACCAGACAAGUGAAAUAACAACGCCUUAUGAAACUUAA